AUGGCUCAUUUCAUAUCUAACAAAACCAAUAUUGGUGUCAAACGGGGAAACGUAUGGUUUGUGAAACANUCGCCUCAUUCUGACCAAACACUCACACCUUCGCCACCGACAGACACGUCUUCCAGUGACACGACUGUCCAAACGCAGUCCAGAAGACAAAUGAGACAAUUGAGACGUCAACAGCAACAGCAGCACAGCAUUCAGAACAGGAACACCACUCCAACCAACAUCAAUGUUCAUGUGAGGGCUGGUGUUUUGGAUGAGUUGAAAGUGUUGUCUGAGAUGCAGAGCCGUGAAGAAUAUGCGGGCAAGAAGUUGAUGACCAAAGCAAAUAUGGAGCGCCAGAACAAAGUGCUCGUUCAGCGCAAUCACCCGCAGACUCGCCGAUCAAAGAUGUCGGUGCGACCUAACGUAUGUCAAGCAUUUGUUGCAAUACAAGUGCCUCAAGACAUCGACCAUUGA